UAUGGAUUGACUUCAAAUUUGAUUCUCAGAUUUCAUUUGAGAGAGAAAUCACCAUGGUUGAUGCAGCUCUAAUCAGUGGCUUGCUUAAAAACUUGGCACCUCUGAUUCAGGAUGAAUUCUCCUUGUUUUGGAGUUUUCAGAAGGAGGUUCAAAAGCUAUCUAGCACGCUAUCUUCAAUUAGUGCCGUACUUGAGGAUGCAGAGAGAAGGAAUGUGCAGGAGAAGGACAAACAAACGGAAGAUUGGUUGCGGAAACUGAAAGAUGUGGCGUAUGAGGUUCGAGACAUCAUGGAUGAGUGCACCUUUGAAGAUCUUCGUCUUCAAGUCAAUAGGCGAAAUGCCUCCUCUUCAACCCGGAUCAAGGUAACCAACUUAAUAACCCAUCCUUUUAGCAUUCCUAUUACACGUCUAAAAGUUGGUCACAAAAUUAAGAAUGUUCAAGAGAAGUUGGACCAAAUUUCUUCAGAGCGCCAAAAGUUACAUUUGCGUGAAUCUAUUCAUGACUCAAAACUUGACAAGUUUACUAGUAAUUGGCGUGAAACCAUGUCUCUUUCUAGUUGUAAUCAAGUUUAUGGGAGAGAUAAGGAGAAGAAACAGAUUAUUGAUAUUCUAGUCAAUUGUACAUCUAGUGCUUGGGUUGAUAAAAAACUAUCUGUUCUGCCCAUUGUUGGAAUUGGGGGUCUGGGUAAAACAACACUUGCCCAAACGGUCUUCAACGACGAGGAGAUUACUAAGCAUUUUGAAACCAGAAUCUGGGUUUGUGUUUCUGAUGAAUUUGAUAUUAAGCUAGUGAUCAAAGCCAUCUUAGAAGAAGAGAAGGCAGAAUCAUGCUUAGAAGAAUUGCAAAAAAAAGUUAGAAAAAAAUUGAGCGGAAAAAGAUAUUUGAUUGUAUUGGAUGAUGUUUGGAAUGAAAACGUUGAGUCAUGGGAUCAGUUGAGAUCUAUCUUGGAUUGUGGAUCAAAUGGUGCAUUCCUCCUAACAACUACACGUAAAAGAAAUGUAGCAGAAAUCAUGGAAACAAUUCAACAUUUUGAAUUACCAUCGCUCUCUCAAGAUGAUUGUUGGUUAUUAUUCGAAGAACGCGCAUUUCUGCAUGGAAAACCAAAACCUCCAAACUUUAUUAAUAUUGGCAAAGAAAUAGCUAGAAAAUGCAAAGGAGUUCCCUUAGUUGCCAAGACAUUGGGAAGUCAAUUGGGGUUCAAUGGUGACGAAAAGGAAUGGUGCCGAAUAAGAGAUAGUGAGAUAUGGGAGAUUUCACAAAAUGAAAACUCAAUCUUGUCUAUUCUAAGAUUGAGUUACUAUGACCUCCCUUAUCACUUGAGAAGGUGCUUUGUGUUUUGUGCUAUAUUUCCCAAGGAUACUAUAAUUGAAAAGGAGAGAUUAAUCCAAUUGUGGAUGGCUCAUGAUUUAAUUCCUACGGUUAACAACCAAGCAAUUGAAGAUAUUGGAAAUACAAUUUGGAAGGAGUUGUGUUGGAGAUCCUUUUUUCAAGACGAGAAAUCAGAUUGGUAUGGACUUUAUGAAGCAUGUAAGAUGCACGAUCUCAUGCACGAUCUUGCCCAAUCAGUUAUGAAAGAUGAAUGUUAUACGGUGGAUGCUAAUAGCUCAAGUGAUGGUUUAAGACGAGAAAUUCAUCAUGUAACGGCAAUGGUUGAUGAAUUUGUCAAAAUAUCAGUUCGUUCUCUUAAGAAAAUUGGAGGGUUGCAAUCACUAAUGCUCUAUGACAGAUAUGUUCAUGGAAAGCCGAUUUGUUUGAGUGUCUUGAAGGAACUUUUGGCUUUACGUGUCCUUCAACUGAGUCAGGAAGUGCAAUAUCAAGAUUUGCGUUACCUGGGAUGUCUAAAACAUCUUAGAUACUUAGACAUUUCCAAUAAUAAUCAGAUAACAACAUUACCCGAUAGUAUUUGUGAUCUCUUAAAUUUACAGACUUUGAAACUCAAUGGGUGUUUUAACUUAAAAAGUUUGCCCAAAAAUACGAAAAAUCUUGUUAGUCUACGACAUCUUUAUUUGGAGAGUUGUAUAGGAUUAAAAUAUAUGCCUAAAGGGAUGGGGAAAUUGAAACAUCUUAAGACGUUAAGCUUGUUUGUGAUAGGCAUGAAGGAGAGAGACUGUCAAUUAGAUGAAUUAAAAGAAUUGAAUAUCCACGGAUCUUUGAAAAUUAUGAAGCUUGGAAGAGUUAGUGAUGCAUCUAUGGAAAGAGGGAUAAGUAUGGCUAAAAAGACGAAUAUCAAUGAAUUGGAGUUGGAAUGGAGAUCUGAUGAUGAAGAUGAUGAGAGAAAGAGUACUAGAGAUGAGAAAAUUGGUGAAGCUCUAGAGGUUUCAACUACGAGUUUGAAGUUUUUGAUAAUGAGGUGUUACAAAGGUGUGAAUCUCCCUAAAUGGGUGGACAAUGUGAAUAGAGAUGAAAAUGAAAUGAUAGUACUAUUCCCUUUGUUAGAGGAGCUUGUUAUUGAUAAAAUGAAGAAUUUGAGGGAAUUGGUGUCACCUAGCUGUUGGAGUACUAGAGCAUUCCCUAAUCUAUGCAAGUUGUGUAUAUCUGAUUGCCCAAAGCUAGGGGCCUUGCCACCACAUCUCAAAGCACUCAAACAUGUAACUGUUUGUGGUGAAUGUUCGGAUGAGUUGUUAUAUAGCAUCUGGAAUCUUAAUGGUACUCUCACUCAUCUGAAUCUUAGUAAAUUGAAUAAUGAUGUGGAGCACAUAUUCACCGUCAAUAACAACAUGAAUGGAAUUGAAGUAGUUUUAUUCCCUCUGUUAGAGAAACUUAAGAUUGGUGGCAUGAAGAAUUUGAGGGAAUUGGUGUCUCCUGGUACCGAGCAUUCCCUAAUCUAUGCCAUCUGUAUAUAUCUGAUUGCCCAAAGCUAGGGGCCUUGCCACCUCAUCUCAAAGCACUCAAAGAUGUAACCAUUGAAGGUGAAUCUUCGGAUGAAUUGUUAUAUAGCAUCACGAAUCUGAAUUAUACUCUCACUCAUCUCAGACUUCGUGAGUUCAAUAAUGACGUGGAGCACAUAUUCACCGUCAACAACAACAUGAAUGGAAUUGAAGUAGUGUUAUUCCCUUUGUUAAAGGAACUGGUGAUUAGAAGAAUGAAUAAUUUGAGGGAAUUGGUGUCUCCUACUAUUCCUAGUGCCGGAGCAUUCCCUAAUUUGAGGGAAUUGGAGAUAUAUUAUUGCCCAAAGCUAGGGACCUUGCCACCGCAUCUCAAAUCACUCAAACAUGUACGUAUUGAAGGUGAAUGCUCGGAUGAGUUGUUAUAUAGCAUCUCAAAUCUUAGUACUCUCACUCAUCUCCGC